AUGGUAGAUGAUGUAUUUCGUCUUUGUCAAGCCGUCUCAAAGGAAGAGGUGGAAGUUUUGAAGUACUACCUAGACCGCCACCCUCUGAGUCACACGAUGCAAGGAUGGCUGCCAAUGCAGCAACUUUUUGAGCCUCCCCCCGAUAUUGAAUCCAUCCAAAUAGGGGAUCACAUAGAAGUACUUGUGGGACAGCACAUAGGGAAAUCUGGUAUCGUACGCUGGUUUCCCAAGGCAUCAAACGAUCUAUGGUUUCAAGAUGGAUCAUUAAGUAUCCCAGUUCCCAUUGCGGCUGUUCGGCGGAUCCCCAACCUCCAAACACUGCGGUAUACGAAAGACAGGGGUUAUGAUGUCAAGCCCGGAGAUGUUGUGAGAGUCGCCCGUGGGCCAGAGCACCCAAUGAAAGGGGUCGUAUUCAUCAUCAAAAUACACAACACCAGCUUGGAUUCUUUUAAAAAGGACAUCGGGCAAGAAGUUUUUAUUGUUGGAGGUGACCAUAAGGGCUACCAAGCUACAUUGUAUAGUUUCAACUCCAAGGAUUGCAUCCUUGCCUUGCAUGGGCAGCAGCGCACCAAGAUGGAACUCAAAGACAUUGUUACCAGGUACGGGAUGAGGUUGAAUGGUAUUAUGCUCGAAGGAGCCGAUAUGAUAUCUUUCUGCGAGAUGCGGCAAAGAUCCUCAUCAGCUUCCAUCAUUGAUCCUAGCAUGCCAUCUUCCACGUGGACCUCGUGGACUGCUAACCCUGAGGAUCUUAACAUGGCUGCUAACCCUUUGUCUAGCGUCAAUUCCUCAAAGACUGCUGAACCCGACCCCUGGGCUGUUGAUAUCAAUGACAUGCUUGACACUAGAACGGAAGAACCUAAAGAGGGCCCACUAGCUUGGUUAAUGAACAAAGAAUUCUCCCCUAAAUUCACUACUUAUCACGCAAUGCUGAAAGUCUCGCCCUCCUUCAUGGGAGGCAGGCUACACAAUCGAUUUGUGUUGACAGCCUGUCCUGACCCCUUCCUCGGUCAGAAUGGACCCGCCCCUGAAGGCUAUGUUGCAGUGUUCUGCUCAUCGAAUGGCACAGGCGCUGUAAUUCAGCAUUAUCAUAUACCUGCCACAGAUCUGAGUCCAGCCCCCCUGUGCAAAAAGAACCAACAGUGUAUUAUUCUGGACGGAAGCCAUCGCGGUUCUAUCUGCGAUAUAGCUAAGUGCUACCUCAAGAAGAACACCAUUUGCCUUGUAGAGCAGUCACGCAUGAUUAUGUAA